AUGAGAACGGGUGAUUUUAUUAAUGCUUGUGUGUUGGCUGAUAAAUCUCCAAUUUCUUCAAAAAAACAAAAACAAUUAAUUCUCGCCAUUUAUUCCUACAGUCUAGCUUGUGAAUAUGCAUUUAAGGGGCUUGAAUUGGGGGUUGAUGUUGAUCAAAAUUUAAAUGCAGUUUUGUCUCUUUAUACACUUGAAUUGGUUGUUUUAAUUAGAAAAAAUUGUGUUGAUGAAAAUUCUUUGCUUUUUUGUAAUAAUUUUAUGUUGGGAUCAUUUGUCUUCAAUUAUACCCAAACAUUUAUAAAUUUACCCAAAGGAAAUAGAGAAAAUGAAUCUUUUAUUUUUUGUGAUCAAACAACAAUUUUAAGACGUUCAAAUGAAUAUUUUGAUGGAGAAGCUUGUUUAAAAAGAGCAUUUUUGUUGAGUGAAAAUAUUUAUUUUUUGAGAAGAUUUGUUUGGUUACUUGAAGAAUUUGAUGAAUUUAAAGAGGGAAUUUGUAAGGAAUUUUUUUUAAUAAACUUAAGCUUCCAAAGGAUUUCCUCUAUAAUUUAA